AUGCCCAAUAGACUCAAGACCAUAGCAAUUGUCAACGGUACAGGUCGUCAGGCUGCGUCGGUCAUUCGGGCAGUCGCAGCUGUCGGCUAUGCCGUCAGGGCCCAUGUCCAUUCAUUGAAAGGCCUGGUGGCUGAGGAGCUCGCCGACUUACCCAAUGUCAGGUUGUUCGAGGGACCCUUGCUGAACAACCAGGUCCUCAUCGACACUGUGUUUGAAGGUGCUCAGAUUGCCUUUAUAAACACCAACCCUUUGGGCGGCGAUGAGAUCAAAAUCGGCAAGGCACUGGCCAAUGCGGCUAAGAAGCGCAACAUACAGCACUUCAUAUACAGCAGCAUGCCCGAUCAUUCAAUCCACAAUCCACGUUGGCCGGCACUUCCCCAGUGGGCGUGCAAGUUCACGGUGGAAAAUUACAUUCGGCAGCUUGGACUCCCUGCGACCUUUGUCUAUGCAGGAAUCUACAACAACAAUUUCACCAGUCUGCCAUACCCAUUGUUCUGCAUGGACUUCAAGGACGAUGGAACUCUGGAAUGGCGAGCACCUUUCCAUCCCGACACCAAAUUGCCCUGGCUAGAUGCCGAGCACGAUGUUGGGCCAGCGGUCUUGCAGAUUUUCAAGGACGGACCCGGUAAAUGGAAUGGACACAGGAUUGCUCUUGCCUUUGAGAUGCUCACCCCGUUGCAAGUUUGUCAGGCAUUUGAAAAGGCGUUAGAUCGACCGUGCAAAUAUGUCUUCAGUAAACGGAUCGAGAUCAAGGUACCCAUCCCCAACGGAUAUAGAGAGCAACUUGCUGGAAUCGAAAUCCUGUUUGGUGAAUACAAUGCGCCGUACUUUCCGGGCCCAGACUUCGAAUACGAUACAAGGCGCAAGGGCAGCAAUGACACGAUUACGGGAAAAAGCAGUACCGAGGCGUCUCGCAAAACCAAAGCUGGCAAACUCACAGACGAGGCGCGAUCCCUUUGGCCACCGUAUAGAUCCAUCUACGAAUAUGCGAAAGAGGCUUUUGUCAUUGAAGAGGAGGCCAACGGGAAAACUUGGAUGAUCGAUAAAAGCGUCAGCACUUGA